CGGGCAACCGCAGCCCAGGCUCCGCCCCCCUGCCGUCAUUGGCCCAUUCAAUUCACGCUGGCGGAGGCGGCGGCCGCGCCGUCUGAGGGAGCUACCGGAGGCGUGCGCAGCGAGCGGCGGCCUCAGGUGGAGGGAGUCGAGGCACUCAAAACGCAGCCGUGUCCCGACGCCCCGAGCUGCGAUGAGCACCCCAGCCGUGCCCUGCGACCUGCAGCUGCCCCCGAGUCAGAGGGCCCAGUCCGCGUUCAGAGAGCAAAGAAGACAAAAACUCAAGGAACAACUCUUAAAAAGAAAAUCUUUUUUUGCAUCCAAACAGGAAAAUCGGAUAUUAUCCAGUAGGGACCAGAAAGUGAUGACAUCUGAGGGCCAGGUCCGAGAAGAGACAAAAGCACUGAAACUGAAAACAAAAAUGGCUAAUAAAGAAAAUGUCAGUAGACCUACAGGAAGCAAAAAUAAUUUGACAAUGGGAAAAAAUUGUAUUCCUUUAAAACCUUCUAAUGAAUUGACCCAUUCAACUUUAGCAACUGAUACACAUAAUUUUGAGGAUCAUAAUCAAACUCUGCAGUUGUUACCAAUUAAAGAUGAUACCCAAAAUCAACAUAUGACAUUAAGCCAAGCAUUUCACUUCAAAAACAAUAGUAAAAAGAAACAAAUGACUACGGAAAGACCAAAGCAAGAUGCUAACAUGCCCAAGAAACAUGUGCUUGGAUCUUAUCGUGGCCAAAUUGUUCAGUCUAAGAUUAAUUCAUUUAGAAAACCUCAACAAGUCAAAGGUGAGAGUUCUGCAACAACAAAGGAACUUGCAACUACUGUCUCUAAAGCCACUAAGCCUCAGCCUGUCAACACCAGCAGUGUCCCAGGGGAUACUGGCAGAGCCUCAUCUGUGAUGACGACUACUAAAUUUGUGAGCACUACAUCUCGGAACAGACAACUUCUGCGACCUCCUAUUAGAAGUCACCAUGAUAAUACCCAAAACACCGUGAGGCAAGGCAUCAGCAGAAGCUCUGCCAAUGUUACCUUUCGGAAAGGGCCUCAUGAGAAAGAAUUAUUAAAAGUGAAUUCAGUUUUAUCCAGUGUCAAAACCAGUUCUUCUCAGGAUGUAAAAAGAAGUAAGACACUGUCAAGAAGCAUGACAUCUGAAAUUGUAGUCAGGCCUGCUUCCAAUACCAAGAUGAUAGAAAAGUCAAAAACCACUGACCAGCGCAGACAUACUAUAGCAAAAGCAGCUAUUGAUAGUAGAUUGGCUCAGCCCAAAGAAACUGCAGAAGAGAGAAAAGCUCGUCUGAAUGAGUGGAAAGCUAGCAAAGGAAAAGUGCUGAAAAGACCUCCCAACUCAGUAGUUACCCAGCCUGAGCCCAAAGACCAAAGUGAAAGGCCUGUUGGGUCCUUUUGGACAACCAUGGCAGAAGAAGAUGAACAACGGUUAUUUACUGAAAAAGUAAACAAGACGUUUUCUGAAUGCCUAAACCUGAUUAAUGAGGGAUGCCCAAAAGAAGAAAUAUUGGUCACCCUGAAUGACUUGAUUAAAAAUAUUCCAGAUGCCAAAAAACUUGUUAAAUAUUGGAUAUGCCUGGCACGUAUUGAACCACUCACGAGUCCUAUUGAAAAUAUUAUCGCAAUCUAUGAGGAGGCCAUUCUGGCAGGAGCUCAGCCCAUAGAAGAAAUGCGACAUGCAAUUGCAGAUAUUCUAACAAUGAAGAGUCAAGAAAACUUUAAAUUUGGAGAACAUAUUGAGGAGGCUUGCGCAACCAAGGACCAAACCCAGGAAGUCAACGUUGAAGAUACAGAUGUUAGCCUAGAGUCAGGGAGACUGGAAAUGGAAAAUAAACAUCAUAGAAGUGUGGUAUUUCAAGAUUGUGAAAAAGAGCAAGGUGACAAGACAAAAGAUGCAACCAAUGAUGUUAAAACCCCCAGUACAGAAACAAGGGCGGGUUGCUUGAUUAAAUACAAUGUGUCUACUACACCAUACUUGCAAAGUGUAAAAAAGAAGAUACAGUUUGAUGAAACAAAUUCUACAUUUAAAGAGCUGAAGUUUCUAACACCAGUUAGACGUUCUUGCCGUCUUCAAGAGAAGACUUCUAAAUUGCCAGAUAUGUUAAAGGACCAUUAUCCGUGUGUCUCUUCGUUGGAACAGUUAACAGAGUUGGGAAGUGAAACUGAUGCUUUUGUAUGCCGCCCUAACGCAGCACUGUGCCGGAUGUACUCAGAGUCCGAAAUAACAGAAGAGAAAUAAAGCUACAAGAAGGAAUGAGGUGGUGGUUAUACCUGCGGUAUUUUGUUUGUUGUGGCUUUGUAUGUCUCUUAGGUGAGGAGCUGGUCAAGUAUCUUAAGUAUUCGUGGCAGUGAGCUCUUUACUAACAUUCACAUUAUAGCAGGUGUUGCCUUCUAGGCAUCAGAAAGCUAAUCCUACCUUGUCAGUCUCAACAAACUGAGUUCUUCUCUAAGACAGGUAAAUUUUGUCAACUAGUUUACUAUGUUUCUUAAAUAUAAACAGGUUUCAUCACAAUAUUAGCUUAUUCACUUUACUUUUAGUAGUUCUAAAUGACAGAAAAAUUAUAACUCAUUAAAUAUAAGUACACUAAUGCCACAUCAUCAGAAAAUGAGGAAUUCUAAAUAAAAUUUAUAUUUUUUCAUGGCCUUGUUUUUAAGAUUUAUGAUAUACAUCCCUGCCUGUAGACGGAAUACUGACUUUUUUGCCUUUCCUUGAUUCUGGCUCAGUAUGCAAGUCAACAAUUGUAAUGUGUAGUGACUUCCUUCAAAUAUUAAUACGUAGAAAAUUUAGCUUGCUUUUUCGCCUAAUUCUUGUUACCCGGACUGCUGUGGUCUGUUGUCCCUUGGGCUGCCUGUGGUUCUUAGGUGACACUCUCACUUUCUGUCAAUGCUAGUGAGCCUGCAUCUGUGGUGUCUUGGCCUCUUUCUUUUUGGUAGUAGCUAAGGUCACCAAGAAGGAUAGUUAACUAAAUACCCCACUUCUAAGAAAAGAUACUUUGUGGUAAGAAAGAAAAGAUGCCAAACUUAGUGGAUAUUCGAGACUUUAAAUUUGAGUUCCUUUCUUUAGUUCCUUUUGUAACUUGACUAAUCGAAAAUGUUAAAAUUUUAACUUCUGUUGCUUCAUUUGAUAUAGUUUAUAGACUAUUAGAAUGGAGUUAGAGAAAGAAUAUAUAAUAUUUAAUAAAUAUCAUUCUAGUUUAAGUAGUAUUUCUAAAAUAACCAACACUUAAACUUGCUUCCUUAUAAUAUAAAAACUUCACUGUUAAAUCAUGUCUUCUGAAACAUGAUAGUUACAUGCAAUAGACAGUUCUCUUCUCGCUACACAUGAAUACCACCAAUAAAAUUGUAUGAGUCUCUGAACUUAAAUGGCAUACAUCCUUUACCAACUUUGCAGUUUCAUUGGUCAUUGUAAAGGAUUAGAUAGUUUUAAAACUGUGUAAUAUGAAUAUGAUUGAAAAUCACAUACCUGGUUUCUUUUAUAUUCAUUCAUUCCAUGUGUAUAAUAGCACCUUUGUUCUAUUUAUUUUCUUCUCAUGUUCUAGAGAGUAGGUUUUUUCUUUUUAAAUUGUG